AAAAAAAGUCCCAAGGGUCAGGUACUAGAAGCAUCCCACCGUUCAGAGACGGCUGUGCGGUUGGAGUGCGGAUUGACGGUCCCUAGUCGCAAAGAUGGUUAAAUCCUAUCUAAAAUUCGAACCCUCCAAGUCCUUCGGCGUUGUCGCAUCCAGCAACUCGAACCUCGUCUGGUCCUCCCCAAGGGGGAAGGCGGGCAGCGGCGCGGGGCAGGCCAUUGUCUCCGCCAACGAGGAGGUUCUCGUGUGGGAUAUCAAGAAGGGCGAGCUGCUGGGCCGUUGGAGGGACGAGAACUGCAGAGCCAAGGUCACGGCCAUUGCGCAGAGCAGGACCGAUCCGGACGUAUUCGCCGUCGGCUACGAGGAUGGCAGUAUUCGCAUCUGGGACAGCAAGAUCGCCACCUCGGUGGUGAGCUUCAACGGACACAAGUCGGCUAUCACAACUCUAGCGUUCGACAAGACAGGCGUGCGCCUCGCCAGUGGUGCUAAGGACACCGAUGUCAUUAUCUGGGACCUCGUCGCCGAGGUCGGACAAUAUAAGCUGCGCGGGCACAAGGACCAGAUCACUGGUCUGCACUUCAUCGAGCCGGAUCCGAUCGUGCAGGGGGAUGGCGAGGAGGAACAGGCCUUGAUGGCCGUGGAUACCGAAGCGUCGGAGGGAUUCCUCCUGACCACCGGGAAGGACGCCUUGAUCAAGCUCUGGGACCUGACUUCCCGCCACUGUAUCGAGACACAUGUUGCGCAAACGAACGGCGAGUGCUGGGCCCUGGGUGUGACGCCUGACUUUAGCGGGUGCGUUACAGCCGGCAACGACGGCGAGAUGAAGGUCUGGGCAUUGGACGUUGUCGCCCUGGCUUCAUCGGUGCAGAAGGUCGAUCUCUCACAAACAAUCAACUUCCUCCGGGACAGGGGCACAUUGCAUCGGCAGAGCAAGGAGAGGGCCGUAGAGGUCACUUUCCAUCCACGGCGCGACUACUUUGCGGUGCACGGUGUGGAGAAGGCGGUCGAAAUCUGGAGGAUACGAAACGAGGCAGAGAUCAAAAAAAGCAUGGCCAGGAGAAAGAAGAGGAGGAGGGAAAAGCUGAAGGACAAAAAGGCCGAGGGUGACCUUGAGAUGGACGACGCCGACGACAAGGCCGACGACAUCACCAAGGCAGACAUUUCCGACGUUAUCGUGCAGCAUGUGAUUGUCAGGACCACCGGCAAAGUCCGGUCGGUCGACUGGGCGACGAGCCAAGGGAUCAAGGAUUUGCAGUUACUCGUCGGAUCCACCAACAACCUUCUCGAGCUAUAUACGAUUGUCGGGAAGGACAAGCUGAAGUCCAAGGGUGAUGUCCCUGACUACAACAAGGCCCUCGCCGUUGAACUUCCGGGGCACCGCACAGAUAUCCGCUCUCUGGCGAUCAGCUCCGACGACAAGAUGUUGGCAUCUGCCGCCAACGGUUCCCUGAAGAUCUGGAACAUCCGGACACAAACAUGCAUCCGGACGUUUGACUGCGGCUACGCGCUCUGUUGCGCCUUCCUUCCAGGCGACAAAGUCGUGGUGGUCGGCACCAAGGAAGGCAACCUCCAACUCUACGAUGUUGCGUCGGCAGCCUUGCUUGAGACGGUCAAUGCGCACGAGGGCCAUGCCAUCUGGGCUCUGCAGGUGCACCCGGACGGGAAGUCGGUGGUGUCCGGCGGCGCCGACAAGACGGCCAGGUUCUGGGACUUCAAAAUUGUCCAGGAGCAAGUUCUCGGCACGACCAGGACGACGCCGAAACUCAAGCUCGUGGCCUCCAGGAUAUUGAAAGUGUCUGACGAUAUCUUGAGCCUGCGGUUCUCGCCUGACGCAAAACUGCUGGCGGUCGCCCUCCUCGACAGCACCGUCAAAGUCUUCUUCACCGACACGCUAAAGCUCUACCUCAACCUCUACGGCCACAAGCUACCGGUGCUGAGCAUGGACAUUUCCUACGACAGCAAGCUCAUUGUAACCAGCUCUGCCGACAAGAACAUCAGGAUAUGGGGCCUGGACUUCGGCGACUGCCACAAGGCGCUGUUCGGCCACCAGGACAGCAUCCUGCAGGUCGCCUUCAUCCCCCACAACUCGGAGGGCAACGGGCACCAUUUCUUCAGUGCGAGCAAGGACCGCACCAUCAAGUACUGGGACGCCGACAAGUUUGAACAGAUCCAGCGCAUCGACGGCCACCACGGCGAGAUCUGGGCCGUCGCCGUAAGCCACAGCGGCACCUUCCUCGUCAGCGCGAGCCACGACAAGAGCAUCCGCGUGUGGGAGGAAACCGACGAGCAGAUCUUCCUCGAGGAGGAGCGCGAGAAGGAGCUCGAGGAGCUGUAUGAAUCGACGCUCACCACUUCGCUGGAGCAAGACCCAGACGAGCAGGACGAGAACCGCGAAGUCGCCGCGGCCACCAAACAGACCGUCGAGACGCUCAAGGCGGGCGAGCGCAUCGCCGAGGCCCUCGAGCUGGGCAUGGCUGACCUCAACGUCCUCCGCGAGUGGGAAGAGGCGAAGCGCGCGAACCCGUCCAUGGCGCCGCCACAGCGCAACCCGAUCUUCGUGGCGCUCGGCAACAUCUCGGCCGAGGCAUACGUCCUCAACACCCUCCAGAAGAUCAAGGCCGCCUCGCUCCACGACGCCCUCCUCGUCCUCCCCUUCUCCUCCGUCCCCAUGCUCUUCACAUUCCUCAACCUGUUCGCCCUGCGGGAGAUGAACGUCCCCCUGACGUGCCGCAUCCUGUUCUUCAUGCUCAAGACGCACCACCGGCAGAUCGUGGCGAGCCGCACGAUGCGGACCAUGCUGGAGGGCAUCAGGGCGAAUCUGAGGGCGGUGCUGCGGCGGCAGAAGGACGAGAUGGGGUAUAACAUUGCCGCGCUGAAGGUUGUGGGCAUGCAGCUGAAGGAGAAGAGUGUGAAGGAGUAUGUGGAUGAUACCUGGGAUGAGGAUAUGGAGGGGGCAAAUAGAGCGAGAAAGAGGGCGUUCGCAAAUGUAUCCUAAGUUUUAGGUACCAGGUAUUGUAGUCGAUAGCCGGUGUAUACGGGCAUUGGUCUAAUGUCGGGGUGGUUUCAGGUGUUGGGGAUCGAAAAGGAUACAUUCUGAAUUGGAGUUGGUUGUUCUUCACUUGAAUUAGAGCAACCCCCUUGUCUUUGACAUCGCCUAGGUAGACAUGGGGACUGGACGCCCGAGGCGCCUGAUGGAUGGAUACG